GUGAAAUGUAGUUUAUUCCUUCACGGCCACGGGCCAUCUAUUUAGGAAAUCUUUAUUUUAUUUUAAUUUUAAUAGUAUAAAUUAUUUCUUCAGCUAUAUAUAAGAGUAAUACCUCCUCGAGCCAAAUUCAUUACCACAUCUCGCGUCUGUCGUUUCCGCGCAAUUCUCUCUAUCGAUAAUCGAGUUUGGAUUCAUCAAUGGCGUUGAAGAGAUUGUUAGCUCAACGCCUCUUCGGCAAAUCUAGAAUCACCAACGCCGCCGUGACCAACUGCCGCGUCUCCUCCCCAUGCACCGCCGCGCUCUCCAAGGCGAUGGCGUCGAACAAGCUCGCGUCCGAUCCCGGCGACGACGGCAUGUUCCGCCGCUACCUCCACCGCCAGUCGGGGGCGGCGGCCUCCGCCGCCGCCUCGAGAUUCCUCCCCACCGGGGAGAAGCUUCUCGAGAGGAUCCGAGAGAUGGACAUUGCACGGAGCCGGAUCGAGCGCGACGACGGCCAGCUGAGGCAGGCGGAGAAGGAGGAGGCGGCGCGCCUGACGGUGAAAGACGCCGUGAAGAUUCUCAAAGUUUCGCAGCUCGAAAUUAUCAAGGCGAGAUUGAGGCAGAUCGAGAGAGAUCAGAUUUCGUAUUCGGAGCUGGUAGAGAUUUGUUCCAAGGAAUGCUCGAGCGACGAUCACGCGAUUGAAUUCGCGAAAAUGCUCGAUCAAUCCGGCAGCGUUAUUGUACUCGGAAAUAUCGUGUACAUCAGGCCCGAACAGGAAAUUGAAACAAAUGUUUGGCACCCAGAUCUCUUUAAACGAGAUGGUGACUUUUAUUUGAGGGUGGUGAAAGCCAUCCAAAGCCUAAUCAUCCCUGUGCCACCCCACAGCCUAAACGAAUCAAGAAUGUUUGAAGAGAUGGAGAGGCAAAAGGCAGCCAUCGACAGAGAGGCGAAAGCUUUGGUGCAACGCGAGCUUCUGUUUGGAUUAGGGUAUUUUGUAGUCCAAACAGUAGCCCUCAUGAGGCUCACAUUCUGGGAGCUCUCAUGGGACGUGAUGGAGCCGAUUUGCUUCUUCAUUGCCUCCACGCACUUCACGGCUGCCUACGCCUUCUUCAUGCGAACCUCGACGGAGCCGACGUUCGAGGGCUUCUUCCGCAGCCGCUUCCUCGCCAAGCAGAAGCGCCUCAUCAAGGCUCACAAUUUUGAUAUUCAAAAGUAUGAUCGUUUGAAGAAGGCUUAUAAUCGCAACCCUAAACCCUCGUCGGAUUCUCAUCAUGCUGCAUUUGCUCCUUACUAGUUGUGGUGGUGGAUCUUGUACGUUUUCUUUCCUAAUUAAUUCAAGCAAAUUAGAUAUAGUUAUGAAUUGUACGUAUUUUCUCGGCGGCUCUUGUAUCAUAGUUUGCAGAGGUUUAGGGUUCUUUUUUUUUUUUUUUUUUUAACAAUGAACUCGAACUAGAAAGUAGGAACAAAUUAUAUCUUGUUUUUUGAUAAUCAGUCGAAGAUAUAAUUGAAAUUUAUAGUUUUUUUUU